AGUCAACGCGCGCGCGGUGUUAACCGUGUUACGAGCCAUUAGCCGCUCGUUGAAGAUAGAAAAUCUCGGCCUCGACGACGCGCGAGCGCGAGCCGUCGUCGCAGCGGGAAGACGACGAGGUGCAUUUGCGAAAUGUCGCGCACAAACACGUGACGAAUGAUUAAUCUGUGAAAGCAAUUGUUUCGCUUCGACAUCGCGCCACGUGCGAUUCUAUCGCGCGAAUUAAUAAAACUCGGGAAGUAACACGAGACUCCGGGAUCCACCGUUUAUCGACGUUUUGUCCGGCAUCCGAUCACGAUUACGCAACGCGCGUCAUGUAACGUUAUUUAAAAUUACGGAUGACAGUUGUCCAUGGGCAACCGGUACACGCGCGCUAUGUCGUUCGAUAGUGGCCUUCGUGGAUCCCGUCGCUCAACGUUGCCCGGGCACAACGGGAACAAAUUCUCAGUUCCUCGAGCGCGAGCGACGCGCGCGGAUUUAGAUUCGCACGUGUGCUGCGCUUUUCUCCUUUCUUGCGCAACAAACGGCCGACGGACGGGCCGUCGAGGAUUCUCCGUCGGGGAGACGCGAGUGAACACUCGAAUCUCCAGUAAGGACCUCUCCAACUUGUCGCGCCCAAAGGAGUGCGAAUACACGGUAAUACACGUAAUAACUUUUGGGGCCACUGGAUUUUAAGACAAGGAUUUUAAGACAAGAAAAGACUCCAGUCGCGCAGAAAUUUUAUUAAAGGUAGAAUAACGCAAAGUAGGUUUGUUUUAUUUAUAAACGCGACGAAUCAAAUGCCGCUACGCCUCGAGUUAUCUUAAUAUUUCAAGGUAGGAUGAGAAACUGUGAUUCCACUGUGUGUAUAAUAUAAGGCGGCUGAAACGGCGGGACAUCUUUUUGCCGACUAUGCUCCUAUAAAAGAAUUAGUUGCGAUUCGUCGUCCGACAAUGAUAACAAAGGUUUCUCGCCGAGACAGUCGCGUUCGACAUACGGCGACCCUUUCGCAACAUACCCUCGCGUCAGCUAUUUCCCAAUUUCUAUAGCUGUCCUCGGAGUCACGAGUACCGUUGUUGAACCACGGUACGGUUGCGUCAUCGAAAUGACAAAGCAGCCGAGACGUUUGUGAAACGCACGCGGGCGCUGUCGCCGGAAUAACGAAGCGACACUCUUUCGCAUAGCCAAGAGGAAAAUGGCUGGCAACGCGAGAGCGAGAGAGCGAGAGAGCGAGAGAAAGAGAGAGAGAGAGAGAGAGAGAGAGAGCGUUUUGCCAGCGUGAUCCUCCGUCUUCGCUUCUCGGCGCGACGACGAGUUCCUCUCGCGCACGUGAUCAGCCGAUCGCUUAGAAAGGCCUCGCGACUUUGCGAUUAUUCACGCUUGUAAUCACCCCGAAGAGGGCUCAGGGGAAAAGCCGCUACCUCUCAGUCGUGCUGUUGACCUACUCGAGGAGACGAGUAUGCGUUGCCGGGCAUCGUCGGUCGUCCUGCUCGCGCUCCUGAUUGCGCUGUUGGACAGCGCGCUCGCCAAUCUGCGAGUCGCCUAUCAAUGGAAGCGGAUCGACUACGAAUGGCCGAGCAAUGACACCAAGAGGCUCUUCCCGGACUACAAGCAGGAGGACAACCUGCCCCUCGGCUUGGAGGUGACCAGCGACCGAAUCUUUGUGACGGUGCCGCGAUGGAGGCAAGGAGUCGCCGCCAGUCUCAAUUACAUCCGACUCAAUGAUACCCGCGAGUCGCCACCUCUGAUCCCCUAUCCGUCCUGGGAAGCGCAUCAAUACGCCGCCGCCGGUGUACCGGAGAUCGUCUCGACGUUCCGUGUGCGCGCCGACCGCUGCAAUCGCUUGUGGGUCUUGGACACGGGACUCGCCGACAUCCUCGGCAACCCUGAGCAACAGGUCCCGCCAGCCCUGAUCAUCUACGACCUCACCAACGAUCGCAUGCUGCGCAAGUACGUGAUACCGGCCGACCAGCGCACCGCCGAUUCCUUGUUCGCGAACAUCGCCGUCGAGGACUACUCCUGCGAGGACUCGUACGGCUACCUGGGCGACCUCGGCGGCCCGGGACUGGUCGUGUACUCUUGGAGCCUCCAGCAGUCUUGGCUCGUCAAACAUCAUUCCUUCCACCCGGAUCCGCAGGGUGGGGACUUCAAGGUGUCAGGAAUAGCGUUCCAAUGGAACGACGGCCUGUUCGGGAUGGCCCUCGCGCCCACCGGCGACGGCUACAGUACCCUGUACUAUCACCCGCUCUCCAGCGGCAUGGAGUUCUCCGUGAGCACACGCUUCCUGCGCGACCCACAGCGCGCCAGUACCGCGGAAACCUCCCACGAGUUCCAAACACUGGGCUCGCGUGGGCCCAACGGCCAGAGCAGCGUCAGCUUCUUGGACCCGAAAACUGGAAUUCUCUUCUAUGCGUUGACGAACAUGAACACCAUUGCCUGCUGGAAACCGCAACAAAAGUUCACCGUCCAGCAGCAGGGUUACGUCUACGCGGACAACGUUACCAUGAUUUUCCCCAAUGAUCUCAAGAUCGACCGAAACGGAAACUUGUGGGUACUCUCAGACAGGCUGCCGAUCUUCAUGUAUUCGCAGCUAGACCUUCAUGACUACAACUUUAGGAUUCUCAUGGGCUCUACCGAGGAACUCGCCAUGGGUACAGUUUGCUCGACGAUGUCCCCGAUCUACUCGACAACUAUGCACGAUCACAGAGAUCACAUGGAUCACAUGGAUCACAUGAAUCACGUGGAUCGGCCCGUGUCGACGACGCCCAGAAUUGCUGGGAGAUUCAACUCUGCCAGCUCCGUCAAAAUCGAGUCUGUUUUCGUGACGACAACGUUAUUAACAUGUUUGAUCAAGAUGUUGGUUUGAAAAAUUCGCAUUUGAAGAUUAUCGGUAUUCUUUAACGUCCCUAAUCUGUCUCUCCGUUGUUGUUUGCGAGGAGAAUGUCGAAUGAGGUGAUCGAUCGAGGUAGUUGAUCGAAUAAUGAUUCUUUCAGUAUAGUGAAGUCGUUGCUCGCCGAGAGCAAUUCGGCUGGCUCCUCCACACGUGUACAGUACAAUUUCUUUUUACUAAUUAUAUAUAUAUAUAUAUGUGUCGUUCUCUCCUUAUCGCGGCAUUUCGAGGAGACAAACACUUCCUUAUUUCGCCGUGUACACAUUAUUAUUAUUAUUAUUAUUAUUAUUAUUAUUAUUAUUAUUAUUAUUAUCAUCAUCUACCUACUCACACUGGAACUGCCAUUAUAUUUAUGUAUCAGAUACAUGUAUAAUGUAAUGUAUAUUAUGAAAAAAGAGAA